CUUCACUACUAGUCAGCCAACAUAACCUUAGCAUACACAUGCCAUUUCUUGUGUUUUUUCGUACUUAAUUUCUAACAAAUUAACUAUAAUGGGUAAAUUAAACGUAUCUCUUAUGAGAUAUCUCACCCCAGAGGAUUUUAGGGUUCUUACAGCUAUCGAAAUGGGCAUGAAGAACCACGAACUUGUGCCAGGUGCUUUGGUGGCUUCUAUUGCUAAUUUGCAACAUGGAGGUGUUCAUAAAUUAUUACGCGAUUUAUGCAAACACCGUCUAUUAAGUUAUGAGCGCGGAAAAAAAUAUGAUGGGUAUAGGUUGACCAAUAUGGGUUACGAUUAUUUAGCUUUAAAAACUCUCACAAAACGCAACGUAAUAGGUUCAUUUGGAAACCAAAUAGGUGUUGGUAAGGAGAGCAACAUAUAUGUUGUAGCAGAUCCCGAAGGUAAUCAGAUAUGUCUUAAGCUUCACAGGCUGGGGAGGACUUGCUUUCGGAAUAUAAAGGAAAAGCGAGAUUAUCACAAGCACAGGAAGGUAGCAUCAUGGAUUUAUCUAUCACGUAUAUCUGCUACAAAAGAAUUUGCUUAUAUGAAAGCUUUAUAUGAUAGAUGUUUCCCUGUGCCCAGACCAAUUGAUUUUAAUCGUCACUGUGUUAUUAUGGACCUUAUAAUUGGGACACCCUUAACUCAUGUAAUGGAAGUUAAAAAUGUUGAAGGGUUGUAUGACGAGCUUAUGAAUUUAAUUGUACGCUUGGCUGACUCUGGUGUUAUUCAUGGCGAUUUUAAUGAAUUUAAUAUCAUGCUCACCGAUGAUGAGAUACCAAUUAUUAUUGACUUUCCACAAAUGGUGUCUGUCCUACAUCCAAACGCAGAAAUGUACUUCCACAGGGAUGUAAAAUGUAUUAGAGAAUUUUUCAAAAAACGAUUUGGUUUUGAAAGUGAAUUAUACCCUAAAUUUUCUGACAUUGAAAGGUCUGAUAAAUUAGAUGCAGAGAUAGAAUGUUCAGGUUUUACAAAAGAAAUGGCAAAAGAUAUUAAUAUAGAGUUGGGAAUUGAUAGUGAUUCAGAUGUACAGCCUGAAAACGAUGAUGAUGAUGGAAAUAAUAGAAAGGCCUUUCUUGAAGAAUGCAAUAAAGAGCCUGAAGGAGAACAACAUGAAAUAUCAAAUAAAUUACGCCCCAACAAAGAAAAAGAUUCAGAAGAAUUAGAAAUAGGAAAUGCAGAUGAAGAAAGUUUAAAAGAGAAAAACGAAGACUAUAAAAUGCAUAAGAGAUAUGAUUCAGUUUCUAGUUCUGGUUACUAUAAUGACGACCGUUUUGAGAGUGCUAGCAUAAGGUCUAGUGCAACUACAAUUGCCCCUGAGGAAAUUAGAACUAGAGUAAAGAAGGAAUUGAUGAAAAAGGGAAAAAAGGAACAAAGGAGAAAGUGUGUAGCUAAAGGGGAAGCGAGUGCUGUUACAAGAACUCGAAGGGCAAACAUGGAUAAUAUACAACAGAGCUGGGGCUGGGAUUAAAAUAAAUAUUAGAAUAAAUAUAUUA